ACCCGCCGCCGCUGCUGCUGCUAGCUGAACUAGCGCUUCUGCUCGGAUGAGAGUCUCUAAACGCCGCGGUACCGAUGCGAUAGCUCUGGUUUUCGUGUGGAUUUACCGGUGAAGUUCUGGCGGAAGCAUUAAUGUUGUCCACAGUUAGCCCUGAUCUGUCUCCAGAGACUCUUGGAUCCCUGCCGCUCGCAACACCUCCUCGACCCCAGACGGCCAGUUCGGCUUCGCUCCCGCGACCGCUCCGCAAGCACAGCGAAGCGGGCCCCAGCGGGCAGCCGACGCGCGGCAGCAUGGAGGUGGGCAUGCGUGUCGUGCGUGGCGCGGACUGGAAGUGGGCAAACCAGGACGACGGAGAGGGACACGUGGGGACGGUGGUAGAGAUCGGCCGGCAGGGCAGCACUACUACACCCGACAAGACUGUGGUGGUGCAAUGGGACAGCGGGACUCGAACCAACUACCGCACCGGGUACCAGGGAGCCUUCGACCUGCUGCUGUACGACAAUGCUCAGAUAGGUGUACGCCACUCAAACAUCAUUUGUGACAGCUGUAAGAAGCACGGCAUUAUGGGAAUGCGCUGGAAGUGUAAGGUGUGCUUCGACUACGACCUGUGCACUCAGUGUUACAUGAACAACAAACAUGACCUGACGCACGCCUUCGAACGCUACGAGACCGCACAUUCACAACCGGUGAGUUUGACACCACGACAGAAUCUCUCCAGAAUUAUCCUGAAGGGAAUCUUUCAGGGAGUGAAGGUGGUGCGGGGACCCGACUGGGACUGGGGGAACCAGGACGGUGGUGAGGGUAAGGUGGGUAAGGUGGUGGAUAUCCGCGGCUGGGAUCAGGAGUCGGGUCGCAGUGUAGCGAGCGUCACCUGGUCCAACAGCACCACUAAUGUCUACAGGAUGGGCCACAAGGGGAAGGUGGACCUCAAGUACGUCUCUGAUGUUCAGGGGGGAUUCUAUUACAAGGAGCAUCUGCCCAAACUGGGUGAGCAUGCGGAGCUGCAGCGGCAGGAGAGUGCAGACAGCCACUCGUUCCAGCAGGGUGAUAAAGUAAAGUGUCUGCUGGAAGUGGAUAUACUGAGGCAGAUGCAGGAGGGGCACGGAGGCUGGAACCCCAAGAUGGCAGAGUACAUCUCCAGAAUCGGGACAGUGCACAGAAUAACAGACCGAGGAGACGUGCGGGUCCAGUACAGCAAUAACAUCCGCUGGACAUUUCACCCUGGUGCUCUGACCAAGGUGAACACGUUUGCAGUGGGUGAGUUGGUGAAGGUGCUGGAUGACAUUGACAGUGUGAAGAGGCUUCAGGUUGGACAUGGAGAGUGGACGGACAGCAUGGCUCCAGCUCUAGGGCAGGUGGGUAAGGUGUUGAAGGUGUAUGCUGACGGUGAUCUGCGUGUGGCGUUCGGAGGACAGACGUGGACCUUUAACCCGGCGUGUCUCUCCGCUCAGCCUGGGGAAGUGGACGCAAACCUGAUGACGGUGGAGAACGCCAGCGAAUCCAGCAGUACAGUGAUCUCAGUGCUGGAGAAGCUGUUGUCUCAGUCUACAGAGCAGGAUAAUCCGGGCCGGCUUGUCAUCGAGGCGGCUCACGGUAGCGCUGCUAAAGUUCGUGAGCUGCUGCAGAAACACCCCGACAAAGUGGACAUUAAGAACCAGGGAAAGACGGCUCUGCAGGUCGCAGCACAUCAGGGUCAUGUGGAGGUGGUGAAGGUCCUGCUACAGGCUAACAGUAGCAUUGAAGCUAAAGAUGAAGACGGCGAUGCUGCGCUGCACUACACAGCCUUCGGGAAUCAGGCAGAGAUCGCUCGUCUGCUGCUGAGUAAAGGAGCGAGUGUCAAUCUGCUGAAUAACUCCAUGUGUAGUGCGCUGCACAUCGCCGUCAAUAAAGGAUUCACAGACGUGGUGCGAGUGUUAACGGAGCAUUCAGCAGACGUCAACCUGCAGGACUCAUACGGCGACACACCUUUACACGACGCCAUCGCUAAAGACUUCAGGAGCAUCAUUGAGAUCCUGACGGUGGUUCCGAACAUCGAUUUCACUCAGCAGAACAACCGCGGCUUCAACCUGCUGCACCACGCCGCUCUGAAGGGCAACAAACUAGCGACAGAGAUGAUUCUUUCUCGAGCUCGACAGCUGGCGGAUGUGAAGAAGGAGGACGGUUUUUCUGCGCUUCAUCUGGCUGCGCUCAACAACCAUCGUGACGUAGCCGAGAUUCUCCUCAAAGAGGGCCGCUGCGACAUCAACAUCCGCAACAACCGCAACCAGACGCCGCUGCAGCUAGCCGUCACGCAGGGCCACACGGCGCUCGUAGCGCUGCUAGUGAUGGAGGGAGCAGACGUGAACGCAGAGGACGAGGAUGGAGACACAGCCAUGCACACUUCCCUCAGUAGACAGCAGCUGACCACCGUCAUCAGCAGCGCAGAGGGAGACGGAGCCGUGCUGUACGGCAGGUUGUGCAGUUCGGGGCUGAUGGGAAACACUGAGCUGAAUGUAGGAGCUGCCAUCGCAUGUUUCCUGGCGCAGGAAGGAGCCGAUAUCAGCUACGCUAACCAUAAAGGCAAGAGCCCACUGGACCUGGUGACGGACAGCAGCGUGCAGACCCUCAUCAGGAGCUUUGCAGAGAAACACAGGCUUCAGGCCGUGUCGUGUGGCACCGGCAGCAGCAGCAGCAGCAGUCUCAGGCGUGUUCACACCACACCCAACACUAUGACCAACCUGGCGGUGCCCAGUGUGACGGGGCCCAGCGAGUGCCUGAUCUGCUCGGAGCUCGCUCUGCUGGUGCUCUUCUCACCGUGCCAACACAGCGUCGCAUGUGAAGAAUGUGCUCACAGAAUGAAGAAGUGUAUCCGCUGCCAGGUCACAAUAACAAAGAAAAUUCGACAAGAUCAGACGGAGGUGGAGUGCAGCCCGAGCUCGGAGAACUCAGAACAGCACCACCUGCUGGAGCAGCUGCAGUCGCGCUACAGACAGAUGGAGGAGCGCAUCACCUGCCCCAUCUGCAUAGACAACCAUAUACGGCUGGUGUUCCAGUGUGGCCACGCCUCCUGCAUCGACUGUAGCUCCGCCCUCAAGACCUGCCCCAUCUGCAGACAGACCAUCCGCGAGAGGAUACAGCUCUUCGUCUGAUGCUAACGCUAAUGCUAACACUCACCGCUAAUGCUAACACUCUGAACAUCAGCGCUAGCCAUGCCGCGCCGUCCUCCGUGAGGCACUGCGGGAUGCAGAUCAGCUCUGACUGGCUGGCCAAUCACUGCGUUGCGUUUUAAAUACGGGAUAUUGUGCUGUUUGAUUGACUCUGAGGCUCAGAUACACACUACAGAGACUUUCUUACCCAGCAUGCACUUGGACGUGAACCAACGCAUCCGGCCAUAUUUUACCCUAAAAUAUAAAAGAGGAAGGUUGGAUUAUUAGUGAGGCUUUCAUUUGUUCUUUUGAAGAAUAUUUCCCCAGUGCUGUUUAACGCAGCAUGCAUAUUUUCAACUGUAUCUGCUAAUAUAGUUCUAUUUUGAUUUUAGUUCGGUCAGGAGUUCACUAAAUUAUUAUUUAUUUCAUUAAUAUUCAAUAUUAUCAAUAUAAAUAUUCAUGA